AUUUAGGUUUUAGUUGAUCGGAUAUAAUUGAAAUAUUAUUUCCCCAAUCUUUCUAAACUAAAACCCUUGCAUUCAAUCCCGGAAUCGAACACCCUCUUGCAUAAUCCACAGUUGUUACUGCAUUCAGCGCUUCGAUUUUAUCCAACUCCUUUUGACUUGAUUAACUAGGGUUUUCGUGUUCUUAAUCUUUGUUACAUCAAAUCACUCUCCUUUUUUAGGUUUCUUUUUGAUUCCUUGUUAGGGUUUUCAAAGGUAAGAGUUAAUUGGGGGUUGACGGUGGGUGUUAGUUUGAUUUUUCGAUGGAGGCGGCCGCUAGUGUCGCCGUCGCAGCACGUGGGGUUUCUAUCACGAUGCCAUCUUCUCAAUCUCAGUCUUCUCGGAAAGAAUGGCGUGUUGUUUCUGAUCAUCCUGUUCAAAGCUCCGGCAACGAGGAGGUGGACCGUUCAAAGUUAGGGCAGGGUGAUGAGAGACUGAUGUAUGAGGGUAGAGAACCUGUGAAUGUGGACUUCUUUUCGAUAAGUGUUGAUGGAGGUUCUGAUCAUGAAUUACAUCUUGAUGAUGUUGUGAAACAAAGAGAACAACUUCAGCAUCUGGAGGUUAAUCUAAAAGCUCGGCUCAUAGCUAGAUCAGAAGUAAUGGGGAUGCAAGAACGAUUUGAUUCACAGAUCAAAGAGCAAAUUACUGCAACUGUCAAACUUCAGGAGCAACUACAUGAAAGGGAAAAAGCUAUAAUGGACUUACAAAGGACUUUGGACGAUAAAGAUAAGGAGCUCCAUGCAAUUAGAAUAGACCAUGAAGCGGCAUGGGCCAAAGAGGACCUCUUACGGGAGCAAAACAAAGAACUUGCAACCUUUCGGAGAGAGCGUGAUAAUUCUGAAGCUGAAAGGGCUCAACAUCUUAAAAAAAUUCAUGACCUACAAGAACAUAUUCAAGAAAAGGAGCGACAGUUUAUUGAAUUGCAGGAACAGCAUAGAGUUGCCCAAGAAACUCUCAUAUAUAAAGAUGAAAAAAUACGAGAAGCACAAGCUUGGAUUGCACGAGUUCAGGAGAUGGACGCCUUGCAGUCAACUACCAAUCACUCUUUGCAGGCUGAGUUGAGAGAGCGCACUGAACAAUACAACCAGCUUUGGAUUGGUUGCCAGAGACAGUUUUCUGAGAUGGAAAGACUUCAUAUGCACACACUACAACAGCUGGAGAUUGAGUUGUCUGAGGCAAGAGAAAGGAGCGGCACUUACUCUGAUGGGUCACGUACAACUCAAACGCAUGUAAAGGACACAUCUCAUUUUCUACAUAGCAAUGGAAGUCAAUUGGAGGCUAGUGGAGGAAGCAGCCCUGCUGGUGAUUCAAGGGGUCUCCAGAACGGGGAUGCAGAAAUUGUCUCUGCACAGACCGACAACAUCCCUGCGGUUCAAAUGGCUCCUCAAUCAUUACAUGGACUGCCAACCUACUUUCCACCUGGACAGUUGGCAGCUCUACAUCCAUUUAUUUUGCAUCAUCAAGGGUUGCCMCAAAAUGCAAAUUCACAUCUUGUCCAAUCUCAUGUUGGUCAGUUCCAUUCGGUACCUGCGAACUCGUCCCUCCCACAUUGGCAGAAUCAACAGGCUUUCACAGAAAGYUUACAGAUGCAAAACCAUGAACAGUACCCUUCCCAUAAUGAUCAGAAUUCAUUGAGACCAGAAACUAAUUACAACUAUGAAGCGUCUGUAGAUGGGCAAGCUUUGCGUUCUGAUUUUUUGGAUUCGGAUAUCAGCCAGGGGCUGGAGGCCCAUUCUGUCCCGUCUUCACCAAAUGAGGAAGAACAGCAGAGCUUGCAACAAAUCUCUUCUCAAUUUCAUGCCUCCCUGAGGUUGAAUCAUUCUGACAAUGUGCACCAGGAAAUAAAUGGGAACUUUUUGUCUAACCAUGGAAGUGAGGUUCAAAAUUCAACCACGGAAUUUCUUGGCUCUGCUGCCAUUGCCUCUGAAGUUAUUUGCUCAGUAAAGGCCAGCGACCCCACAGUGAACAAGGCCACCACGCCAGAAGGGUAUGUCUCUACUGGACAGAAAAGCCCUUUGUUAGGAGGAAAGACCGCAGAUAUGGCUCUCUUUGAUGAAGAAACUUUGUUGGCUUGUGUUGUUCGGACAAUACCACCUGGUCCUGGAGGCAGAAUACAAAUCAGCUCAACGCUUUUGAGUAGGCUCAACAAAAUGCUUGCGCCCCUGCAUUGGUCUGAUUAUGAGAAUAAGCAUGGAAAACUUGAUGUUUUUCUGGGCAGUCAUCCUGAAUUGUUUGUGAUGGAAGGGGAUCAUAUUCAAGUUCGGGAGGGUGCGCAAGAAAUCAUAGCUGCUAUGGUGGCUCAUGCAAAAGUUCGUGCCAUGGUAAAACACAAACUUGAGACAAAAUCUUCAAGUAGUAAUAAUGUUGUUUGUUAG